AUGAAGAUGCUGUACCAGCGAAUACGUGGAAAACAUCAACAUCUUGGCCGGUCUCCAGAAGAUGUCACAGAAAACCGUCUUUGCUUCCUCGGUCUCAUUAUGAGGGGAGCGUCUGAUCGUCUUGUCUAUGUUGUCCUUCUCACUUAUCAUUACAGUGCUGUUGAAUGUUUUGUCGUCGUCACUCAUUCGAAUUCUGCCUCGCAAUCUGAUUGUGCAGUCUACCUCAAUAUCCCGUCGUUACGCGUGACACGUGCGGUGGAAGUGCGUGAGGAUCUAGCAGCAUGGCAAGGUGAACAUUGA